ACUAUUACACAGUCCACCUUCUCCAUCACGGCUUGAUCGAUUUCAAAAUUCCGACCGUCUCUGUAUCAAACCCUAAACCCCCAAAUUCAUUUCGACAAAUUCCGACGCAAUUCCGUUCAUCUGAUGUGAAGAGAGAGAAAGAGAAGAAAAAAUAAAUCGAAUAUUGAAAUCUCGAAUGGCUUCAUCGGAGAUCGAAAUCGUAUCGGAUUCCAACGAACUCAAGACCUCUGAUGGAAACCCUACCGAACCCCGCGUCGUCGACGUUUUCUCGGCUGCAGCCUAUGGUGACUUUGACAAGCUCCGGAAGUUCGUUCAAAACGACGGCGUUUCAGUCUCCCAAUCCGAUGGCAACGGCUACUACCCCCUCCAGUGGGCGGCCCUCAACAAUUUUGCCGAUAUUGUUCAGUACAUUGUUGAACGUGGUGGAGAAGUGAACGCGAAGGAUAAUGCGGGGCAGACUGCAUUGCAUUGGGCGGCGGUUCGAGGAUCUAUUGCAGCUGCAGAUGUGUUGUUGCAGAAUGGUGGACGUGUCGAGGCUGCAGAUAUUAAUGGUUACCGGGCGGUUCAUGUUGCUGCUCAAUAUGGACAAACAGCAUUCCUGAAUUACGUUAUAGCUCAGCAUCAUGCUGAUUUUGAUGUUCCGGAUAAUGACGGGAGGACUCCUUUACAUUGGGCUGCUUACAAGGGAUUCACUGAUACUAUUAGAUUGCUUUUGUUUAGAGAUGCUUCCCAAGGAAAACAAGACAAAGAAGGUUGUACACCUUUGCAUUGGGCCGCAUUGAGAGGACAUUUGGAGGCAUGUAGUCUGCUUGCACAUGCAGGAUCUAAGGAGGAAUUAGUGGUAAAAGAUAAAGCAGGAAAAACUCCUGUGGAGCUUGCUUCUGAUAAAGGUCAUCGGCAUAUCGCUCUUUUCCUUUCCAAUGCGUUGCGCUCACAGAGCAAGCAGUGGCACCACAAGAUUUGCUGUGGACAUGACGGGAAGUUUGGUUAUGCCCCAUUUCUUUUCUCUUUAAUGGUUAUUAGUCUGAUUCUCUUCACUGGCUGUGUCCUUUUUGCUCCUAAUCUUACAAAGGUUACUGCAACUGUUGGACUUUGGGGAUGGACUGGUGUUUCUCUAGCAGUUGCGUCUUUAAUCAUGCUUACCCACUGCAGUAGUAAAGAUCCAGGUUAUAUAGAAACAGGGACGGGUAACCAGUCUGAUGCUGAGGAUCCUUUAUUGAAUAUUGAUUUAAAUAAUAAUUCUACUUGGAACGGGAACUGGUCGCAACUUUGCCCUACCUGCAAGAUAAUAAGACCUGUUCGCUCCAAGCAUUGUGCUGUAUGUAAACGCUGUGUGGAGCAGUUUGACCAUCACUGUCCCUGGAUCUCAAAUUGCGUGGGGAAGAGGAAUAAACGAGACUUUGUUACUUUCCUCGUCAUGGGAACUUUAACAACAUCAAUUGGUGGGAUGGUUGCUAUACAGAGAAUUUGGACAUCUGUACCAGCGUUAUCAACUGGAGAGACAUGGACACAUCACGUAAUAUUUGAGUAUCCUGGUGUCAUUGCUUUCCUUGUUCUUGAUGCAGCUAUCUUCUUUGCUGCAACAACACUAUUGGCUGUUCAGGCUUAUCAGAUUGCUCGAAACGUCACGACAAAUGAAGUAGCAAAUUCAAUGCGAUAUGGUUAUCUUCGUGGGCCAGAUGGGAGAUUUAGAAACCCAUAUAAUCACGGUUGUUGGAAGAAUUGCUCCGAUUUCCUAAUACAUGGCCACACGGACGAUGAUGAGAUUGCUUGGCCUCCUCUUCAGCAGAUCGCCAGCUAGUACAUACAUACAUAUUACAUAUACACAUAUCUAUAUGUAUGUACGUAUGCAUGCCGGAUGAUGAUACAAGAAUCCCUUUGGCUUUUGGGGAUCUCGUUACAUAAUGGGUACACACUACAAUCUCGUAUUUUAUUGUAACUUAUUUGCAGAAAAAAAUUGAGAAUGUAAUUGUCGUGUAUAAUGUAAUGUUACAUUUGAAGAAAAAUAACUUUCGAUAUAUCUGAUUGAUACUGGAUGAGAAUUAAUACAUACGAUGCUUUUCUGCUCUG